CUGAUUUCAAGUGAUCUUCAUCAAACCCAACACAUCCUAAAAGCUUUUUUUUUGCCUUCAUUCUCCACAACAUAGAGCAACCACUACUAUAACUAUUUCAUUCCCUCACUUUCCACCCCACUUUUCUUUUUUCCAUUUAUCCAUUAUUACAUCUUCCUAUCAACCAUUCUUCUUCUUCAUCUUUUUCUUAUCAAUCAAUAUUAUUACAAGAAAAAAAUAUAUUUUUAUUGAUUUCAUGGAAGGCCAAAAAGCUAAACGCAAACGCGUUUAUUCGGUUGAACCAAGCAAAGUAGUGCAAGCAAAGUUUACUAGAAACUACAUGAACUAUUUAGCACCAGCUUUGAAGAAGAUUAAGGAAAGAAGAAAUUCUAUGGAAGAUAAGAAAGUUGAAAAUGUUGUUAAGUAUGAAGUGGACAUGGCUAUGGUUAUUUCAUCUCAAGGUUUUGCAUGGAGUAAUGCUCUAAAAUCGAAGCUUCAAAAGAAUGGUGAUGAAGGUUCAUCAAGGGUUAACAAUUUUCACCAAAAUCAAAUGAGCCAAGUUGGUUUUUCUAAACAAGAUUGUUCAAAAUCUGAGAGUAAUGAGAUUUUGGUUGAAGAAAAUGAUGAAGAUGGUGAGAUUGUGGAUGAACAAUUGAGAUGCCUUAGAAAAUUGUUACCAGGAGGAGAAGAAAUGGUGUGUGAUGAUGAAAUGGUGAGUGAGUUAGAGAGCUAUGUAAGUUGUUUACAAAUGCAGGUUAAUAUUCUUAAGUGUCUCACUGACCAUUAGAUAAGUUGAAUUAAUUAAUUAUAAUCAUGUACGUUUUGUGGUUUAAUUUUAUGAGAUAAGUGGAGAAAUUUUAUAACAUA